CACGUCUAUUUAUGGCACGCCGUGUCCGAAAUCUUUCAGCGUGUCUCGUGGAGUUUAGCGGCAUCGAUGCUUUUAUUUAAAUAUCGACCGAGUUAAUUAACGUGUCUUGCAUUUGAUCAAUCGCACAUCCAACCGACAAAACGACACGUUGGGAUUUACAAGUGUUCUAACUAGAUCGGCCGCCGCUACGACUAGUUUUUUUUCCAUCGGUGAUCAAAUGUGAUUUACAGACGACAAAUCAACGUUUCGAUUAUAUUUGUGUUGUUCGUAUAGUUAAACGCGGGGCAAGAUGGUCGAUGUGGAUAAAUUAACCGACGCUGAAUUGCGUACGAAAUUGCUCGAGUUCGGGUUUCCGGUGAUGCCGAUAACCGGCACCACCCGGAAGGUGAUGACGAAGAAGCUCAAGCUGUUGCUUGAAAACAAAAACAAAAUCGGAGGUGAUGGAGCCAGUGGCCGAAGAUCCCUAGGAAGGUAUUCGAGUGAAGAAGAAAGUGACAAUGAUGUUAAAACGGUCAAAAAGGACAAGAACAGAAGGGCCACGAUGGCUGCACCUUUGAUGCAACCACCCCAAGCAUCGAGAGGAAGAAGGAGCAACUCAAGGUUGAAUGAAGUUGAACAAGAGUCUGAUGUAAAUGUCUACAAUCAAAACCAGUCACACGAUUUAACUGAAACGUUACAGGCUUCACUGCCAAGAAGCCCUCCAAAGAAGGAGUAUAGAAGCACUAUUUCAGCCACCACUAGAACAUCCAAGAUCAUCGCCAAGGCGCAAGAUGAAUUUGAUACUGGAUCUGAUUCUGAAUCUGAUAUUGUCUCAAACAGUUUUAAAUCAACAAAUUCUGCAGAAUAUGCUAGAGGUUCUCCCAUAAAAUCGUCUACGUUUAAUUCAUCAUACAGUCCGUCAAAGAAUCUUGAGAGUUCCUUCUCAAGGAAUGUAUCAUACACUACUAGUGUUUCACCCGGACGUUCCAGUUAUACUGCGCCCCUUAGUGGUUCUUUAGCUUCUGAUUACGCCACGGAGCGCCUCAACCAAAUCAGGUCCAGAUUGAGUUUGAACAAGUCGACGUCGGUGACGGACCAGCCUUCGUUCCCCUCAACGUCUGUACUUAACACGGAUAAGCUGGAUGCCGAGACUCCGUACUUGAGUAACUUCACGAAACGUCUGUCGGCACUGAGCGUGCCCAAAGACCUUGAUUACAAGAGCGACGUUAAAGAACACGACACCAACGGGUCGUCCUACUCCUCUAUCCGCAGUCAGCUCUCUAACUACAGGGCGACAAAGGGCCGCGACACCACCUACGACUACCGCACCAACCAGUCGAGCCUGCUGAAGAACAACUUCGUGUCGUUCGCCGUUCUCGCCGGUGCGGCCCUAUUCUUUAUCGUCCUGGCCAUCUUGUACCUGGGCAUGCGGUCCGACACGUCGAUCGUGCCGGCAGGUACCACUUUGCCAUUGUGCAAGCACGACGUGAGCAACAAACGCGGCGUGAACUGCAUCAUCGAGGACGACGUCGAGGACGCCAUCAACCUGUUGAACGUACUCCGGCCCGAACUGAACGCCAGAGCUGUUAACAACAAGUGCCACGACAACAGCAUCAGAUCGCACAUGAGCGAGGACGAGGUCGUGUCCUUUUGCACCACCAAGUUUGGCAUACAGGAUAAAAUUAAGGUCAGAAGGGACUUGAGGAACGUGGAAAUACUGAGCUACGUGAACAAACAUUGGAACAUCCGGGUAGCACAGACGCUCCAGGACAACGAUGUCAUAACUGAAAAGGAUCUUCCCUCUAAUAUGGAGGAAGUGAUCUUCAACGUGGGCCAGAAGAUAACCUCGUUGGUGGUGUUGGAGCCCGAAUUACCAUGGAGCUGCCUCCUGACGAACACGUUCCGUUUCCUGGUGCAAAGCGCCCUCUUCCUGGGCGCCGUCUUCACCCUGUUCUACCUCCUCAACUAUCUCUACAAGUAUUACCGUCACCACAAGCAAAAGGAGAACGAGGAGGUCGGCUUCAUGGUGGAACGCAUCAUCGACAUACUGCAGAUGAAGGCCAGCGAGGAGAAGGACAACUACGUGGUGAUCAACCACGUGCGAGACAUGAUCCUGCCGGUGGCCGACCGGAAACGAAAAGAGAAAACUUGGGCUAAAGCUGUGAAGUUUAUUCAAGACAAUGAAUCUAGAGUGAGAACCGAAGUUCAAAAUGUUCAGGGCGAGCCUUAUGAAGUUUGGAGGUGGAUCGGUAGCAAUUUGCAAAGUUCACCGCGCAACAAGAGCUGGCAAGGACAGGCGUUCGAGACGCAGGUCGGAUCGGUGAACAGUCUGCCGUGUUCGCCGACGCCGUGCCUCAAGAUCCGCGGCAUGGUCGAGGACGGCGACCGCAACACGCACACCAUACGCGAGGCGGUGCUCAGCAAGUGUGCGCACCAGUGUCGCAUCCUGCACUGCGCAGUCGACACGGCGUCGAACUGCGUCUACCUCAAGUGCGCCGACCAGUCGGACGCAGCCAAGGCCUACAUGAGUUUGCACGGAUGGUGGUACGCCCGUCAUUUGGUAACGGUUAAAUAUCUGCGUUUGGAGAGAUACAUGCAACGUUUCCCCUCGUCGCCGGUCAGCGGGCCACCCUUCCUCAAAGCCAUAUCCCCAGGAACCGAUUGGGACAGUUAAGCCCGAUCUGUUCGUUAUUUAGACAGACAUACGCUUAGUUAUUUUCGUUUAAAAAUUUGUUCAAAUAACUACUUGUAAUAUUUAUUGUUAACGGACGCCUGUGACAUGGUUUAUUGUCUGGUGGUGACGCAAAACGGUUUUAUCAAUAUUUACCACGUGUUUAAUUUAUGGUACACGCCAAAUUUGCGAAUUUUACGUUUGAUUUAAGGAAUACGUGUUGGUUAACAAUAAAACUAUUGUCACGCUUCUAAACAAUGAAUCAGCCACUAGAUUUCAAGCUUACAACCCACAGAUUUGUUCGAUAAUUUUAUUAAAAUUGUAUGUUUGGCACUUGUUAGUUUUGAUAUUCUUUUUUUUUUUGGGCAGCUGAUUCGUGUAAAUUAACAGGGUGCUGAAAUUUGACGUUAGUUCAGUCCCUUUAAGAGUUGUCUAAUAAGAUUUUUGAUAUAAAUUGGGGACCACAGUCGAAAUUGUUUCUUUUUAAUGGAAACCAAUAAAUUCUUGAUUAGAAUCCGCCCUGACGACAAAGUUUUAUGCAAAAAAGUAAGUUAUUGUUAGGUAUUAAAUGACUGAUUGAAUGUAUUAUAUUUAACAUAGUUAAAUUUUUAUUUAGUCUACAUGUUAAUUUAAUCUAGGUUAAUUUUGAAUUUUAAAGUGUUAACGUGUAUUUUCAGGAUUUAUUAAUAAAGACGUAUUUGUA